AUGAACAAGCUCGCGUUAACCUGCUUCGCGUUGUCGCUUCUUGGAGUGUCUGCAUCUUAUCACGAACACGUCGACGCACAAGACGUCAUCGCCAAGCUUGGGCUGGAGCCAAACCCUGAAAAGGGUUAUUACCGACAAACGUUUGAAGACGCUGGAAGUACUGGCAACCGCUCGUACUCAACUGCCAUCUACUAUCUUCUCGAGGGUCAAGCUGGCCCAUCCUAUUGGCACAGAGUCACCGAUGCCGUCGAAAUUUGGCAUUACUAUGCUGGCGCGCCCAUGAGGCUGGAGCUGUCGUGGAAUAACGGGACAGCAACCCAACAGCAGACUUUAGGCAGCGAUAUUUUCAGAAAUCAAACUCCACAGGUCAUCAUAGAUAAGGGACAGUGGCAGCGGGCUACUAGUCUUGGACAUUGGACGUUGGUGGGCACGACAGUUGCACCCGGCUUUUCGGAAAACGGGUAUGAGUUGCCAGCGCCAGGUUUCCAGCCAGACGAUGGCCAUCAAACAAGAUAA